AUGCCUCGGAAAAAGCAAAAGCUUCCUCCAUCACGCACAAAGCAAGGCUCCCGGCAAAAUCCCAAAGGUCAGGGGGCCAAGGCACAAGCCGAUGUCGCUAAUAAACAGAACAAAUUGCCAGUACAGCAAAAUCAGAGGCCCAUUGUUCCAUUCCUGCGAGGAGAUCGAGUUCUGUUGAUUGGCGAAGGUGACUUCUCAUUUGCGCGCUCGCUGGCAAAGCAAUAUAAAUGUCGCAAGCUCUUGGCCACCUGCUACGACUCCCAGGAGACCCUACUGAAGAAAUACCCUCAGGCUGCGCAAAACAUCCACGACAUCUUGCACUCGAAGGUCAAAAGCAAGGCCAAUGAAGGCCCCCUGCCUUCAGAAAAUCGACAAGAACCAACAGCGAAAAGCGCUCAAGGUCCUAAGGUCCUCUACUCCGUUGAUGCCCGCAAGCUAGGCCUCCAAGGCGGUGGCGGCAAGGAGGUAAGGGCCGGUUUCACUCGGAAGGAGCCGAAGAAACCUGCGUGGAAAACCAAACAAAGCAAAUCAAGCCCACCCCCCCCGCGCACCCCGAAUGGGCCGUCCGCGCCAACCAAGAGCUCCUCGUUGAGUUCUUCAAGGCGUGUGUUCCUCCUUCUUUCCGCGGCGCCAGAACCCGCCGAUUCUGACGACGAAUGGGAAGAAGAGGAGGAGGAGGAGGAUGACGAAGAGACUGAUGAGGAUGACGGGGAAGGAGGCGACGCUGACGAGUUGGCCUCUGGAAAAGCGACACGGACCGAGCCCGGCCAGAUCCUGGUGUCGCUUUUCGAGGCAGAGCCAUACACCUUGUGGAAUAUCAAGGAUCUCGCACGCCAUGCAGGCCUCCAAGUCGUAACGAGUUUCCGAUUUCCGUGGGCUUCGUACGAGGGCUACUCACAUGCGCGAACCCUCGGCGAAGUGGAAGGCAGAGAUGGUGGCAGAGGCGGUUGGAGAGGAGAAGAUAGGAAUGCCCGGAUGUAUGUCUUCCAGGUAAAGGACGAGGUUACAAAGGGGAACAAGAAGAAGAGAGCCCGGGCCGACAGCGAGAGUGAAUAG